AUGCCUAAAAGGUCUAGGGAGAGUGAAGAUGCAGAUGGUUUAUCUGAGAACGUAGAAGGAAAGACAUUGUUACGGGUUCCACAGAAACGAUUUUAUAGACAAAGAGCACAUGCCAAUGUUUUCAAUGACCAUUCACUUGAAUACCCCUCAUCUCCAAACCACAUGGAUUGGAUUUCUCAUUAUCCAGCUUUCUCUUCUCAACUCACCGACAAAACAAAAAUGGUCGAAUGGGCCGAUGUGGGAUGUGGGUUUGGUGGAUUGUUAAUGGCUUUAGCUCCUAUGUUUCCGGAUGUUUUGAUGUUGGGUAUGGAGAUAAGAACAGCAGUGACGACCUACGUAUCGGAUAAGAUAGCUGCUUCUCGACAAGCUGAAUUACUGAAACAUUUCCCCCCUCCCUCGACAUCAACAUCGAACCCCUCACUUCUACCCAAGUCCCCAGUCGAUAUUCCUACUUCCAUCCAACCCUCUUUGGCUCAUGAAGAACCCACUCUACAUUCAGGAGACACAGACGAGGCAUCCUCAAACCCUUCUGAGAAGAAAGCGGAUGAUACAGAAGAAAGCUCCAAAGAUAUACCAGGAGGGUAUCAAAACGUUUCUGUCAUCCGGGCGAAUUCUAUGAAACAUAUGCCAAACUUUUUCCAUAAACAUCAAUUGAGUAAAAUGUUCUUUCUCUUUCCUGAUCCUCAUUUCAAAGUGAGAAAACAGAAAGCGAGGAUAAUUACAACUUCCCUUUUGGCGGAAUACGCAUACGUCCUCCGACCCGGUGGUAUACUUUACACCAUCACAGAUGUCCUUGACCUACACGAAUGGAUGUUCUCUCAUCUAUCCAAACAUCCAUUAUUCACUUUGAUACCCACUGAAGAGCUGGAGGACGAUCCUAUCCUGUUGGCAGUACGGACCAGUACGGAAGAGGGUAAGAAGGUGGAGAGGAAUAAAGGAUCGAAAUUUGUGGCUUGUUUUACCAGGGUUGAGGAUCCUCCUUGGGAUCAAACUUCAGGAGCAUGCUAA